AGAUGGUCACGUGAACCUUCUUAGUACGGUAACAGUCAGCUGAUCGUUCACAGCUGAGCUUUGCUGUCUGCAUCAGUUGUGCCUUCUAUCAUUUCAAACCAACUUUCCGACACCAAGAAAGUGAAACCAGUCCAGGCAUCAGAGAAGAAAGAAACCAAACACCACCAUGGCCCCGACACUGUAUGAUGUGAAACCAGAGCCAGGAGACCUGAUAGAGAUCUUUCGUGGCACCUACCAACACUGGGCAGUGUACAUUGGUGAUGGCUUUGUUGUUCACAUGGCACCACCCUCUGAGGUCCCAGGUGAAGGUGUCAACAGUAUGAUGUCUGUCCUAACUGAGAAAGCCACAGUGAAGAAGGAGGAAUUGUGGGACGUGGUGGGAACCAACCAGUGGGAAAUAAACAACAGUCUGGAUGAUAAAUACGAGCCCCGUCCAGUUCAUGUUAUUGUACAGGAGGCCAUUGCGCUGGUGGGUGAGGAGCUGCCAUACUGUGUCUUCAGGGGGAACUGUGAACACUUUGUCAAUGAACUGCGUUAUGGCAAGGCCGAGUCCCGGCAGGUGCGUAAGGCAGGUGAGGCAGUCAUGAUGGCAGGUGUGGCUGCUGCUAUUGGUUUUGGUGUUGUGGCUCUGGCUGGAGCUCUGUUCGGAGGCAGCAAGAAAGAAGAAAGGAACAAAAGCACACAGUGACUGAGGCUUAUGCUUGUUUCGGGGCUUGAUUAACAGAUCACCAGCAAAGUCUAAGGGCCAUGAUUAAUCACAGAUAACACUGCCUGAAUAAAAUUCAUAUAUGUGAUUAAAAAGAAAAAUGGGUUGUUUUCCACCUUGUCUACUCUGCGUCACCUUGAGCUGUCUCCCAUGUUUUCAAUGGUUUGAGUAAAUGAGGCAAAGCUGGUUGGUCUUUGGAUAAUUGCCAUUUCAUAUUUAACCAUUUUUAAAAUUUCUACAGAGUGCAAAGUCAUCAAAUAGUGUUUCCACUCAUGAAGGUGCCAAGAUGAAGUGUGUCAAAAUUCUAUUCUAUGUAAUUAAGAACAUAUUUUUGAUUGUCAAUAAUUUAAGUUUUUUUUUUCUGUAUUUUAAAACCUUAAAACACUUUGAAUAAGAACAUAAGCUAAUCUAAACAAAAAUGUCUCACAAUGGUAUAUCAGCUAGGUGGAUCAAUUAUAAAGAGCUCUGAGGUCAAACUCGUAAUCUCCAUUAGCCGAUACCUAAUAAGCUAAGACGCAUCCAGUCUCUUGAUAAUUUUACAUGCUGAAAUUGUUGCAACAGCUGACAGACACAUCACAUUACAACACUUUUUCUUCCUAGCAUUAAUCUGUUUGAAAAUGUUUUGAAUAAAGAAUAACUUAUGUGAA